CGAUAAUGUAUUGCACUCUGGUUGUGUUGAUUAGUCAUAUACUCAUAUCAUUGUUCCGACUCUCUCUCUCUCUGUGUGUUGAUCUUCACAAAUCAUGGCGCCAACAAAUCAGGUAUUGGUUAAAGAGAACUUAAAUGUGAGAAUCAUCAUACUGAAUCGGCCUAAGCAACUAAAUGCGCUUUCCCUUGAAAUGGUUUCACGGUUAUUGGAACUAUUUCAUGCCUACGAAGAGGAUCCGAGUGUCAAGCUGAUAAUUAUGAAGGGUGAAGGAAGGGCUUUUUGUGCCGGCGGUGAUGUUGCAGGUGUUGUUAAUGAUAUUAAUAAAGCUAACUGGAAAGUAGGUGCACAUUUUUUCUCCAAAGAAUUUACAUUGAAUUAUUUAAUGGCAACAUACACUAAACCGCAGGUAUCACUCCUUAGGGGAAUUGUUAUGGGAGGCGGUGCAGGCGCUUCAAUGCAUGGUAGAUUUCGUGUUGCUACAGAUAAUUCGGUUUUUGCAAUGCCCGAGACCGCAUUAGGGUUAUUUCCAGAUGUAGGCGCCUCUUAUUACUUAUCGCGACUACCUGGAUUCUUUGGAGAAUACGUGGGUCUUACAGGUGCUAGAUUGGACGGCGCUGAAAUGCUUGCAUGUGGUCUUGCAACCCACUUCGUCCCAUUGGAGAAGUUAUCCUUACUAGAAGAUGCACUAUGCAAAGCAAAUACAGGUGAUCCAAAUACUAUCAGCAAGAUCAUAUCUGAAUUCUCGAGUACUCCCAAGUUGAAAGAGAAGAGUCAAUAUUUUCGGUUGAAAACCAUUGAAGGUUGUUUCUCUCAGAGAACGAUUGAAGACAUCAUCUCUGCACUCGAGAAAGAGGCUGCUAAAAAUAUGGAUGAAUGGAUCUCAUGGACUAUUGAGUCCUUGAAGAAAGCAUCUCCAACAAGUCUCAAAAUUUCUCUUCGCUCUAUUAGAGAAGGGAGACUUCAAGGUGUUGGUCAAUGUCUUAUCCGUGAAUACCGGAUGGUUUGUACAGUCAUGCAAGGACAAUUCAGCAGGGAUUUUUUUGAGGGAUGUAGGGCGUUGCUGCUAGACAAGGAUAAAAACCCAAAGUGGGAACCUUCAAAACUUGAGUUUGUAAGUGACAGUAUGGUUGAGCGUUACUUUCAAGCAUUAGACAUUAAAGAGUGGGAAGAUCUCAAACUCCCUGCCAGGUCAAACUUACCUUCAUAUGCCAUUUCAAAGCUCUGAGCUAUAUCAUUAGUGGUUUCAAAGUUGUAAUAAUUUAUGUUAAAAAGAACAAAUAUGUUAUACUACUUCUGCUCAAUAAUAUAUUGAAAUUUACAGUCA